AUGCGACCAUCGACUUCGUCCCUGCCGGUCGGAGAGCGUUCACCCGAUUCAUCUCCACCUCAUCCUCCCGCCAGAAAGCGGAAGAGACCUUCGAUAGCAGCAACAGCAGCCACUGCAUCCGCUUCUCAGCCACCACCUUCACUCGCCAAAGAGCCAUCAAUCCAGAACCUCUUCUCCGCCCAAGCCUCGGCCGGUGCUUCCCAGUCCACCCCAAACGACUCCUCGCCCAACCGCAAGAAAUCCAAGACGCAGCCAUCCAAGAUGCAGUCAGAAAUGUAUUCCUUCUCCAGCAAGCUUGCCAGUGGCAAUCCGCAACCUACCAACACCAACCGUCGCCUCUCUGGCAAGCUCAACAAAGGCUUUCAACCAAAGACGGGCACUACAAAACUCGUAGUCAAGACGCUAAAGCCCCAGCCGGUCUGGGAUGCAAACAAGUACUUCGAAGAGACAUGGGCUCAACUGGACCAGGCCUUGAACGUCAUCUUUACGCAAGCUCCUGUCAACUUCUCCAUGGAAGAGCUAUACCGUCGUGUCGAGAAUUUGUGUCGUCAGAAAAGAGCAGAGGAUAUCUACGCCAGACUGAGCACCAGGUGCAAGCAGCAUGUGAGGGGCACCAUGAAGACGUCACUACUGUCUAAACAGAGGCAGUCUAACAUUCAGGUCUUGCAUGAUGUUCUCGAUGCCUGGACUGUCUGGAAUCAGCAGAUGCACACUAUCCGCUGUAUCUUCUACUACAUGGACCGUUCAUAUCUUCUCCAGACAUCUAGGGGUUCUCUUCAGGACGUCACCAUCAAAAUCUUCCGCGACAACAUCUUUGAAGACGCCACUUUGAAGCCUGACAUAAUCGAUGGGGCUUGCGAAUUGAUCUCUGCCGACAGAUCCGGCAAGGACUUGGACAAGAGCUGCCUCAGACAGGCCAUUUCCAUUGCCGAGCAAUCACUGCCUGAAUAUGUUAACGACGCUGCCAACUUCAUGACCAAGGAGAUUGAUCGUUGCGAAUUCUUUGGCUUGGAUCAAAGCACUCGACGGGAUCUCUUGGCUCUCCUUGAAGAACACAUCAUUGAGAACAAGGUCGACUAUUUGACGAAUCAAGACAGUAUUGCGGACCUGCUGGACGAUUACGCUACCAAGGAUUUGGAACAACUAUACGCAUUGCUGCAAAGGCGACGACUAGGUUCAAAGAUCCGACCCGCAUUUGAGCGCUGGGUUGAUGACACAGGUACACAGAUUGUCUUUGACGACAAGAACGAUACACAGAUGGUUGUACGCUUGCUAUCUCUCAAGACCCGUCUGGACAACAUCUGGCGCACUUCAUUCCACCGUAGUGAGGAACUUGGACAUGCCUUGCGCGAAUCUUUCGAGACUUUUAUCAAUAAGACCAAAAAAUCUGCUGCGACACAUGGUACAGACAAUUCCAAGACUGGAGAAAUGAUUGCCAAGUAUGUUGAUCAACUGCUGCGUGGAGGUGCCAAGGCUAUCCCUACAGAUCUUACUCUUCAUGCCCGCGAUAAUGCUGGAAAGGAAGAGUACGACGAGAACGAGGCUAUGGACGAGGACAGUGAAGUCAAUGCACAACUCGAUCAAGUCCUGGAUAUGUUCAGAUUUGUCCACGGCAAGGCAGUCUUUGAAGCGUUCUACAAGAAGGAUCUUGCACGUCGUCUACUCAUGGGUCGUUCCGCCAGUGCAGAUGCUGAGCGAAGUAUGCUCGCCCGUCUCAAAACUGAGUGUGGUGCAGAGUUUACCCACAACUUAGAGCAAAUGUUCAAGGAUGUCGAACUGGCGCGUGAGGAGAUGUCUUCCUACAAAUCACGGAUGGAAGAGCGAGAAGAGAGACCAAAGGUCGAUCUUAACGUCAACGUACUUUCGCAAGCAGCAUGGCCGACUUAUCCAGUCGUCCCUGUCAUGAUUCCUGCAGAUAUCCAGCAAGCUAUCGAUGAGUAUGAACGCCACUACAAGUCCAAGCAUAGCGGUCGCAAACUCGACUGGAAGCACUCACUGGCGCACUGCCAGAUGAAAGCCAAGUUCUCCAAGGGAACGAAGGAGUUGGUGGUGUCAUCCUUCCAAGCCAUCAUAUUGUUGCUUUUCAACAAUGUUGAGCCAUCCGAACACCUGACCUAUGAUUUCAUCAAGUCAGAAUCAGGACUUCCCGAGGCAGAAGUCAACAGAACCCUUCAAUCGCUGGCUUGUGCAAAGCUCCGACCUCUGCAAAAGCACCCCAAAGGUAGAGAAAUCUCAACCACCGACUCAUUUACCGUUGACCCAACCUUCUGGCACGACAAGUACCGCGUCAAGAUCAACCAAGUGCAACUCAAGGAGACGAAGGAAGAAAACAAAGAGACACAUGAACGUGUGCAAGAGGACAGAAACUUUGAAUGUCAGGCUGCCGUAGUCAGAGUCAUGAAGGCGAGAAAGACGAUUGGACAUUCGGAGUUGAUUGCAGAAGUCAUCAAGGCGACGAGGAGUAGAGGAGUGUUGGAUGUCAAGGACAUCAAGAAGAAUAUCGACAGGCUUAUCGAGAAGGACUACAUGGAACGCGAGGAGGGCAACAUGUACAGCUACAUUGCGUAG